GCCGCCGGACGCGGGGAUGGAUAGGCAGAGGAGCAGCAGCUCGUCGUCCACCUCGUGCUACUGCCUCCUGAGCCCCAAGGGCCUCAUCCUCCUCUCCUUCGCCUCCUCCUCCCUCCUCUUCUCUUUCCUCUUCUCCCUCUUCGCCCUCCGAUUCGGCCGCCCGCUCCACCUCCCCUUCGUCGCCUCCUCCUCCCUCGGCGGGAACGCCGCCGCCUCCGCCAUUGCGCGGGCGCCGGUUCUUGCUGCAGGUGGUGGGGGCUCCACGAGCGGCGCGGCGGUGGAGGUCGAAGAGGUCGCGGUUCUCGCGGGCGGGAGCGGGAACGGGAGCUUCGGGGAAGCAGAAGCAGCCCGCCGCUCAGAUGCUGGAGGUUUUCCGUCCGGGCGAGGCGUGGGUUCGGCAAUGGAGGCGAAACUGGGAAGCGAAAAGGGCCAAGCUCCCGCGAAUGGUGAGGGUUCGGAUAAGGCCAUGGCAUUGGAAGGAGCCGAUGCUGGAGGUGGGGAUGUUAAUAAGCCGGCGAAAGAUGCGGUUUUGGAGAAACCCAAUUCCGCAGCAGUCGAGAAAACAGCCAGAGGAGCUGCUGGUUCGGCAAUGGCGACGCCAUUUCUUGUUAGCAAUGCGUCUGCUUCCCAAGGAGCAGCCACUCCAGGAGAGGAACCGAAGAAACUCAAGUCUGUGCAACAUGUCAAUUCAACCAUGGAAGCUUCAGGCCCAGCAGUGGGAGGAAGUGGAAAUUCCUCUGAAGAAGAAGCCUAUACUUCUCAACAAGUGCAACAAUUGGAGGCUCAUUCGACAGUACUGAACAGCUCUGGAGCAGCUCCAUCCAGUCCAAGUAGGCAAAACACUGAUCCGGUUCAGGAAACGGUGGGGAGCAAGGUGGAUGUGGUGAGAAGCAAUGCAACAUUAUUGUGCAAUGUAUAUGAUGGGAGGUGGGUGUUCGAUGAGAGCUAUCCACUCUACACGAGUGAUCUGUGCCCCUUCAUAGACGAAGGAUUCAGCUGCGAAGCAAAUGGAAGAAUGGAUCGAAGCUACAUGAAGUGGAGGUGGCAGCCAACACAUUGCAGUAUCCCGAGGUUCGAUGCUAGGAAAAUGCUUGAGAUGUUGCAAGGAAAGCGACUAGUGUUUAUCGGAGACUCCAUUAACAGAAACCAGUGGGAAUCCAUGAUGUGCUUGCUGAGAGGGGCAGUCUCAGAUCCUGCAAGGAUUCAUGAAGCUCGGGGCCGCAGGAUUACUAAAGAGAGAGGAGAUUACAACUUUAAGUUUUUGGAUUACAACUGUAGUGUGGAGUACCAUGUGACACAUUUCUUGGUGCAUGAAGGCAAGGCAAGAAUUGGCCAGAAGCGCACAAGAACGCUACGCAUUGAUACCAUCGAUCGCACCUCAUCAAAAUGGAGGGGCGCUGAUUUUCUUGUGUUCAACACUGCUCAUUGGUGGUCGCAUCACAAAACAAAAGCUGGAGUGAACUACUAUCAAGAAGGUGAUCAUGUGUAUCCCCAUCUCGACGCCUCGACAGCUUUCCUUAAAGCACUAGCCACAUGGGGAUCAUGGGUUGACCAUUACAUCAAUCCAAGGAAAACCCGAGUGUUCUUCCGAAGCUCAUCCCCGUCGCAUUUCAGCGGCGGAGAGUGGAAUUCAGGGGGACACUGCAGAGAGAGCACGCUGCCUCUCAAUGACACUCGUGUAAGGCCGGUGCCUGAGAUGAACAUGAUGUUGGAACAUGUAACACGGCAAAUGAAGACGCAUGUGACAAUUCUGAACAUUACCAAUCUAUCCGGGCUCAGGAUAGAUGGGCAUCCAUCCGUGUAUGGGAGGAAGGGAGUAGUAGGUUUGGCAGCAUCGAGCAUCCAGGAUUGCAGCCACUGGUGCCUUCCUGGAGUGCCAGAUGCAUGGAAUGAACUGUUGUUCUACCAUCUAGUAUCCUCACAAGAAAAUGGUGUAACAGGCUAGUCACUACGUGUCACGAGACUAUGACUAUAUAUAUCCAAAUUCAACACUGCAAUCUGUAAUUAUGUAAUAGGGGCUUUUGAAAAGAGCGAGCACUCAUUUUCCUACUCCAA